UUCUUUGACCAGGGGUCCUCUUGGUUGAUCCAUUCUUGGUUGAUCCAUUCUUGGUUGAUCCAUUCUUGGUUGAUCCAUUCUUGGUUGAUCCAUUCUUGGUUGAUCCAUUCUUGGUUGAUCCAUUCUUUGACCAGAGGGUCCUCUUGGUUGAUCCAUUCUUUGACCAGAGGGUCCUCUUGGUUGAUCCAUUCUUUGAUUAGAGGGUCCUCUUGGUUGAACCAUUCUUUGGCCAGAGGUUUCUCCUGCAUGAUUCAUUCUUUGAACAGGGGGUCCUCUUGGUUGAUCCAUUCUUGGUUGAUCCAUUCUUUGAACAGAGGGUCCUCUUGGUUGAUCCAUUCUUUGACCAGAGGGUCCUCUUGGUUGAUCCAUUCUUUGACCAGAGGGUCCUCUUGGUUGAUCCAUUCUUCGAUCAGAGGGUCCUCUUGGUUGAUCCAUUCUUUGACCAGAGGGUCCUCUUGGUUGAUCCAUUCUUUGACCGGAGGGUCCUCUUGGUUGAUCCAUUCUUUGACCAGAGGGUCCUCUUGGUUGAACCAUUCUUUGGCCAGGGGUUUCUUCUGCUUGAUUCAUUCUUUGUGCAGGUGGCCCUCUUGGUUGAUCCAUUCUUUCACCAGAGGGUCCUCUUGGUUGAACCAUUCUUUGGCCAAAGGUUUCUCCUGCGUGAUUCAUUCUUUGACCAGGGGGUCCUCUUGGUUGAUCCAUUCUUGGUUGAUCCAUUCUUUGACUAGAGGGUCCCCUAGGCUGAUCCAUUCUUUGGCCAGGGGAACCUCUUGGCUGAUUCAAUUUUUGUGCAGGAGGUCCUCUUGGCUGAUCCAUUCUUUGUCCAGGCGGUCCUCUUGGUUGAUCUAA